CCCAGUUUUCUUCCCAAGCUUUUUCCCAGCUUUUCCCGAGGAUGUCCUACUACUACGAGCAGUGCAAGCAGCCCUGUCUGCCCCCUCCCAUCUGCCUGCAGAAGUGCUCCAAGUGCCCGGAGCCCUGCGCCACGCAGUGCGUCGAGGUCUGCCAGGCCCCCUGCGCCAGCCAGUGCGCCACCGCCUGCGUCCCGCAGUGCGCCGACGUUUGCGUGCCGCAGUGCGCCGACGUUUGCGUCCCGCAGUGCGCCGACGUCUGCGCCACCAGCUGCACCACCCAGUGCGCGGAGCCCUGCGUCCCGCAGUGCGUCGACGUUUGCGCCUCCAGCUGCGCCCCGCAGUGCGUGGAUGUCUGCCCCGCCCAGUGCCCCACCCAGUGCCCCACCCAGUGCCCCACCCAGUGCCCCGCCCAGUGCUCCACCCAGUGCGCGGAGCCCUGCGUCACCAAGUGCGUGGAGCAGUGCCAGGCUGAGGUUUGCAGCACCAAGUGCGUGGAGUCGUGCGAGACCGUGUGCCUGGAGCCCUGCUCCCACCCCUGCUGAUCCCGGCCCCGCCGAGCGGCUCCGGUGACCGCUGAGGAGCCCGAGCCGCGCGUUCCAGGAUGGAAAACACGGCGCAGACCCAUCGGCGACGCAACCAGGCUUCUCCUGCUCUGAUCCUGCCACGUUCUCUUCCUCUUGGAAGACGUUUUCUCUCCCAGUGUUUCCCUGUGUUUUCACUCCUGCUCCUGCCGCGCCGGCGUUUUUCCUUGGGCGUUCCCGAUGUUUUGGGAACCUCGGGAAGCGCUGUCAGCGGCUGGUGGUGGAAGAUGCCGACGCUUUUCCCCUUCCCUUCUCCUCUUGUCUCUUCUCAGUC